GGUUAGUUGUUUAUAAGAAAAUAGGACUUUGUAAAUAGAAGGAUAUAAAAAGUGAAGGGCAUGGAAAGGCAAUUACCGCUAAUAGUUGCCUUCUUUUCUCUCCUUCUAACUACUUGCAGUGCAAUUCCAGAUGAACUGGAAAAAUGGCUAGAGUUAGCUAGUUUCUAUAUUGUAUAAUCGAGUAUUUUUUUUACUCAUUAAUUUCAUUUAUUCAAUACAUAAACCACUUUAGAAUCAAUCAUUAUUACAGUCCUUUAUAAAUUAUUCCUAUUUUUUUUCAGUAAGCAGAACAUUGAGGACCAUGACUUCUCCAAGUAUCUUAAUUAUAGAGACGUAUUAGAAUUUUAUCCUUUUUACUCUUAUUUUAUAUUGAAAAUAAAAACGUUUCUACUAUUAUUUUAAUGUUUAUUAGACUAUGGAAUUCCUGCAAACUAGACUUGAAAGGUGCCAUCAAGUUUCAGAAACGCUUUGCAGGAUACAAACGAUAGGAAAGUCAUACGAAGGUCGGGACUUAAAAGUGUUUAACAUCGGCAACGAGCCUGGUAAAAUAAAGCGUUCAAUUUGGAUAGAUGCCGGAAUCCACGCAAGGGAAUGGAUUUCGCACGCUACCGCUUUGUUUAUUAUAGAUAGACUAGUAGAUGAAUUUGGCAAUGACCCAGAAAUUGAUGACAUGAUCAGAACUUAUGAUUGGUAUAUUCUUCCAAUCGUUAAUCCUGAUGGAUACGAAUUUACUUGGACAAAUGACAGGCUAUGGAGGAAAACUCGUAAGCCAAAUCCAGGGUCUCCUUGCGUUGGAGUAGAUGCUAAUAGAAAUUUUGGAUUCAAUUGGAAUUCUGUUGGAAGUAGCAAUGAUCCUUGCUCUCCAAUCUAUGCUGGCCCUAGUCCUUGGUCGGAGCCGGAAGCCAAAGCUAUAAAAGAUUUCAUGGAACAAUCGACUUUUAAUUGGAUUUUAUUUAUAACCUUGCAUUCUAAAGGUCAACUUUGGAUGGCACCCUGGGGUUAUACAACAGAAAGGCCAGAUAAUUACGAUAAAUUGGUAAACAAACAACGCCAUCUUCUAAUAAGCUCUUGAGGUUGGGUUCCUAAUAAUUUUGUAAAUAACACAGAUGGAAGUCGGACAGUUGGCUAUAAAAGCAAUCAAGGAAACUCAUGGAAAGGAUUACCGGUUAGGAUCAGCCAGCGAAAUCCUAUAUCUCUCUUCGGGAACCUCCAGAGAUUGGGCAGCUGGAUCGGCUAAUAUUCCUUAUGUCUACACCAUUGAGUUACGCGAUAAGGGUGAAUUCGGAUGGGAACUUCCACCGGAACAAAUUCGCCCUACUGGUGAAGAGAUUUGGAACGCUGUUAAAGCCGUCUACAAGAAGAUUAAGUCCGAUAAUCCUUCCCUUAUAUAAUCGUAAUAAAUACCAUAAAGGAGCGAUCCAUCGAUAAAUUUUCUUUCAGGCCCAACGCUAUCUUCCCGCCCCAAUUAUCCUGGGGAUACGCCCCCUGUCGGAUCCUUCUUGAUAAAUAUUUUUAACUAUAGGCUCGGGAACAAUCUUCUGGGUUUAUCCGCCCCAAAUGCGGUAGUAUUUGUCGAAUUACGCAUGGUAAUCUCUAUCAAAAAGAAAAUCUUUUCCUCCCAGUUUUCUUUUGUCGAGGCUCUUACAUUUUAACUAGUUAGACUAAAUCCGAUUAAGCGAAGGUAAAACUCUCUUGAUUCAUGUAAUCCGACUCGCUUUUUUACUCUUUACUUUUAAUUAAUUUGUAAAUAAAUUCGAUUAUUUGGAUAUAAAUAUAUUUCAUUUAUAGACAAAGAAUAUGUAAAGGCAUUGCUAGAUUUUAUUU